AUGAUCAAGAGUGAUGGUCAUCAAGAAGGAAGGAAAUGCAUGCUAUUGCUACAGAUUGUUAUGAUGGUACUAGUACUUGGACAUGUGACUGGCAUUUCACGUGGCACUGCAGACUUGUCAUAUGCUGUCAUGCAAGUACCUGAUGUGGUUGUUGCUGGUGGACUUGAUGGACGUGUGUAUGCAGUCAAUGCCUGGUCAGGACAAGUUUUGUGGUCAUUUGACUCGGGUGGUCCUAUGGUGGACUCGUCCCAGUGUUUGGGUGUGAAUCCAGCUACAUCAUCGGAUAUGCCACCGACUUAUCAGUCACCAGCUGCAAGGCCACAUAAAGAAACAAAUGAAGACGUGGGUGUCGAUGGAAACGUCUACGUAUUAAAAACUCGUCCAGAUGAUAAGAAAGUUGAAGACCGCUCGAUCAUGCAGCAACAGAUGGCGGCAGCGCGAGCUGUUGCUGCUAGCACAGCUUUUAUGUCACAAUUGGUACCAUCGUACGAUGGCAGAUUGUAUCACUUUUCAAAAAGUAAGGUGAAGGAGCUGGGGAUGACAAUGGCUGAUAUUGUUAAUCUCAACGGUCCUGUACGCGUAGCGGUGGACACUAGCGGCGAAUCUACUGUGGACUCAUCGGCUGCGGACAUUUUACUUUUUGGUGAGAAGAAGGUCGAGAUGUUUACGUUGAAUGCAGCAAGUGGCCUCCGUCGUCCUUAUUCUUCGUCUGCAGGAUCGACUAGUGAGAUUCUCUUUGGCCGUUCGGAAUUUAUGACUCGAGCUGUUCAUUUUCGCAAUGCUUCGUCUGCCCGGUGUUUUAAGAUUUCGGAGUUCUUUUUGGAAUUCACGCGCCAGGCGCACUGCUCGGUCGGUGACGGUGGUCGUAAUAUGGUUCCAGAUAUUUUCGUGAUGCCCAAGGACCCUAAUUCUGCUCUGGUGGAUGAGGGUUCUACUAUUGUUGCAUUUGACCCUUGGACAGGUAAGCAAUUAUGGGAAUUUGAAGUCCCUAAUUUUGACGUACUUGCCGUAUAUGGAGUAUCGACGAUGCGUGGGUCAACGUUUUACAAGUGGAAGGUGGACGGCCCCUCCUCAAAGGCAUCAAAGCGUGUUUGCUCCCCAUCUCGAGUAGCUACGGAUGAUUCGCACCGUCGUCAACACUGGAUCGAUGCCAGCAGCUCGCAACAGUCAGGGAAUGAUGAAGACGAAAAGUUAGAAGGGGAAGAUUCGAAGGUAGACCAGCAACUGGUACGUGUAGUUCCGCAUACGUGGAGCGCGAUGGAAUCGCGUUUUCGGCUACGUCUGAUGGGAGAUCACUAUUUUCUUGAAUCCACUGAGGAUGGUGGUGUGGCGUUGAAUGAUAAUGAUGCGCGGAUCGCUUACGAUUCGCCCACGUUCCACGGCCGACAAGAUGACGACGUGCACGACUAUCACGACGAUACGGGGUCGCGGAGCCGUCGCCAAAUCUUGUGGGAGCCAAUUGUCAACGAUGGCAAGCAAGCGUGGGGAUGUUACGUCAAAGGGCUGUCAGCUUCAUUAGCUCAAUCGGCUAUCAAAACUAUGGAUCAGAGCCAGUUCUUUACGUCUCAUGUACAUCGACUCAUCAUUCAGCGUCCAGGAGAGGAAAACAUUACCAUAUCAAGUGUAAUUAGUCGCUCACUAAUGAGGAUGAACGCUUUGAGUGUGGAUGGCCAGCUGCCACUGCUGGAAAAUGGCGCACCUGUAAUCGCUCUGUCGACGGACAUUGGCGCGAAUGCUGGCACUGCAACUGAAGCAAUGGUAAUGGAAAAGUUCUCUCGCCUUGCUGUUAAUGAAGCUGCGUCGAUCCUUCUUAAUGGUGGACGUAUUGUUGGAAAGCAAAAUCUGCUUCAAGAUGACCCAGACGCAGACUCUGGUGUAACUACAUCUACGUCCUCUGCGUCAUCGUUGACCGACAUGAUUCCCAGAUGCGUGUCGACGUCGUCUCCCUCAAUCGAGAUUUCCAGGCAGGGAUCUGCACUUAUGGGCAGAAGACUGUCGCUUUUGUACGUUGAGGACAAGGAGUCAACUGAAGUAGACGUUUCUGACGUUUACGAAGCACUGCUGCCUGUGAGAGAAGAGGAUGCAGAGUAUUUAUCCCCGACUACGGACCAUAUGUUUGAGAAUGAGCGCUUUGAGCUGGCAGAUUUCGAUGAUAAUAUCUUCUACGAAGGUAAUGACUCUGCGGCAACUAUGAACGGCGCAAAGUCAAUGAGUUCGUCUGGAGAAUCAACAAUGGGAAGCUGCUGUAGCAACAGUGACAGUGAUAGCAGCCACGGUGUAAACAAGUUGCAUGGUGAUCAUGAUAUGCAGUCUACGCAGGAAGAUGAAACUACGGAUGAGAAGUCUAUGGAGGAGAAGUCAAGUGCUCGAGACUCGUCUGGAUCAUCCUCGUCUGAAUCAGGCAGCUCUCCGAACGAUGCCGAGGUUCUUUUUCCGUUUGUGUGUCAAAGCCGUUUUGUGAACGAGUUUGAAGAGCUGUCAGCAAUUGGCAAGGGUGGCUUUGGUCAAGUUAUGCUCGCUGAAAAUCGCUUAGAUGGACGCGAAUAUGCAAUCAAGCGAGUUGGAUUGAACUUGAAACACCAGACAUCCAAGACUUUGCAGAAGUUUUUACGUGAAGUAAAGAUUCUUGCGCUGUUGGACCACCCUAACAUUGUUCGGUACUAUCAAGCAUGGCUGGAAAAGGUUGAGGAAAGCGCAAAAGCAAUUUUAAUAGCGCCUUCAUCGGUUGUCUCCGACACGAGCUCAGUAGGUGGUCUCGCCGAUGCUAAAAAUUAUUCGACAAGCAAUCUUCUUGCACCAAUCUCGGAACUCGAGUUUUCAGGGAAUCAACGCCAGCUCGAGAGGUUUUACAGCGACGGAGGCGUCGUGAGCGACUAUGACAACGAUGAUGGCUUUGAUUGGGAACGCGGAUCGUCUUCUGGCAUCGAAGAUGAUAAUGGGUGGAAAGAAGAGGAUUUGGUUGUGCAAAACAAACCGCGGACAAGUAAGCUGCCUUUUCGUGGGUCUUCAUCCGACUCACCGGCUGCUCAUCACGUCGAUGAAGAUUCUUCGCUAAGUGCGGCAGAAAAAUGUGAUCACUGGCUGUACAUCCAGAUGCAGUACUGUGCUGGCCGCAAUUUGGCGGACUAUCUGGCUGUUCCGACUCGGCCAAUGGAACUGUCGAGAAUGCUCAAGAUUUUUGUGCAGAUUGCAAGUGCACUGAUGCACGUACAUUCUUGUGGACUGAUUCAUCGUGAUUUGAAGCCAGCAAAUAUUUUCGUUGCUGACGUAGAGAGAGACGAGAUUAAACUAGGGGAUUUCGGUCUCUCGCGUUAUGCUGCAAACGUGAACAACCUGAAUGCGCCGACAAGUCUAGACGAUCCUGCCCAGCAAGGUCCUGCUUCAAGUGGACUUCUGGAAACUCAUUUGUCAACGUCGAUGUGGUCCAAUAUGUCAGAGAGCAAUGAGGUUACGGCAGGUGUUGGCACGUAUCUCUAUGCAAGCCCAGAGCAAGUAGCGGGGAAAAAGUACAACGCGAAGACGGACAUUUACUCAUUGGGGAUGAUUCUCUUUGAGCUGUGCCACGAGCGCUUUGGAACGACAAUGGAGCGAUAUAUUACGCUUCGUAAUGCUCGAGACAGCAAUUUUCCGACUGAUCUUCGUGCUGCAAAGCGAUGUCCUGAAAUCUUGGACAUGCUUCGCAAGUUAUUAAGCCACGACCCGACGGCACGGCCAACAGCUAAUGAAGUUGUGCAGUGGGGACAGAUGAUGUAUGAAACGAGCCUUGCUCAGAAAGCUAUGGAUGUUGUACGCUCACCGCGUAAUCUCGAGCGAACUCGGUCUGCAACUGGUGCAUAUCCGUUUGUGCCGGGUAUUGAUCAUCUUAUGGCUGGUGCUCUUGAUGCAGUUACGCCGACAUUUUCAUUAAAAGUAGAGGCUGCAAUGGAACAUUGCAGUGGUGAAGACGGUGGCGAGCGUCGUUUGCCAAACCAUGACUUAUUGAAGCAAGUAUGUGACGUGAUAGCUGGCGUGGAAAAUGGGAUGGUCGAGAUCAAGAAAUGUGGACUGCAUAUGGAGAGCGAAGGCGUGACAAUAUUGGAGUUUGAACUUGAUCCGCAGAAUGCGCUUGUACAUGCACCUGAUAGUGACGUCGAAAGUUCUGUGAUAAUGGCUAUUGAAGCACUGGCUGGAGUCCAGAUCGUGCAUCGUGUGAGCAGAAUUGACUGA